AUGGACGAAAGCCCCAACCAAAUCAUCAACUCAACUGAGAAAAGGAUCAAGCAGAACAUUACUGAAAACUAUAUUGUCAUGCAUCAAAAUUUGCACCCUUGCUUACUUUUGUUGACUAGCCUCAUCGGGCUUUAUUAUCCUGCACGGGCACAAAGUAAUGAUCUUCCUACCUUGGCUCUCAGCGAAGACGACACGUUCAACUUUGACCUUCUAGGACCACUGGCCCAAGCAGUAUACUCCGGCGGCGACGUUUCACCUAUCUUGGCAGUGGCUAAGCAACUCGACGCUGGGGACUUCAGCACCUACACAGACGCUUUCUAUGCUCUUGCCAAUGAGACAAAAGCCCGGGCCGAAGAUCCCAGAUAUGCUCAUGACCCGGUCAAUGUUAGAGACACUUGGUUCCACGCAGCUGCGUAUUUCCGGCGUGCAGACACUUAUUUGCACGAUGACUGGACCAACCCACUCAUCUACACACUCUGGGAAGAACAAACUGCAGCUUUUGAUCGGGCACUUGCAGCACUGCCAAUACCUGGUGAAAGAGUUCAGAUCCCUGCCGACGGCUUUACCGUCGAGGCUAUUUGGUACUCGUCAACGACCGAGCAGGCUGCUCAUAGGCCCACUCUGAUCCUCUGUGGUGGCUACGAUAGCUCGCAAGAAGACAUCUAUCACCAAGUGGUUGUUCCCGCUCUGGCUCGUGGCUGGAAUUGCCUGUCAUACGAAGGACCUGGACACCCAAGUCUGCGGAGAUACCAAGACAUCGGCUUUAUCCCUGACUGGGAGCGAGUUGUGACCCCCGUAGUCGAUUAUCUUCUCCUGAACCGCACACAGGAUGUUGAUGAGUCUCGCAUCGCUUCACUCGGGUGGUCCUUCGGUGGAUAUUUGGCCGCUCGUGCCGCCGCCUUUGAGCCUCGACUUGCUGCCAUCCUACUCAACGGUGGGAUCUGGGACACGCACGAGGCUUUCGUUGGGCAAAUGGAUGAAAACCUGCUCGAGAUAUACAAUGCUAAGAACAAAUCGGUUUUUGACGCAACCAUCUUUUCCUUGCUGGAAGAUCCGAAAACCCCAUCGAAUCUCCGAUGGGGUGUAACACAAGGCCUUUGGGCAUUCAAGAUAAAGUCGCCAUAUGACUGGUUGGAAGCAGUCCGAGCAUACAAUGUUCGAGACAUUGUGGAUCGCAUUCAGAUGCCAGUUUGGAUUGCGAACGCAGAAUUCGAGGGCUUCUUUCCGGGACAGCCUCAAAAAAUCGCUGACGCUUUGGGUGGGAGAGCCACGUUACAUGACUUCAAUGGUGCUGCUGGGUAUCAUUGUCAAAUGGGGGCGUUUACCGAAUCUGCGCGUGUUGCGUUUGGCUGGCUCAACGAGACGCUGAGCUGA